AUGAAACAACUUUCGGAUCAAGAGCUCUUGCUCUAUUUUACCAAAUUCAAACGUGAAAUUAAACCCAAAGAUCAUACAUGCCUCUUUACAACCUAUAAAGAUUGUUUUAGCGGUAAAGAAGCCAUUCGUGUAUUGAGUUCACUCUUUAAUUUGAAUACGAGUGAUGCCAUGAAUUUGGGUAAUCAAAUGAUUUUGAAAAAACUCUUUAUUCAUAGUAUUCAUGAAUCUACUGAAUUAUUGGAUAAGAAGAAGGAGUUUUAUAGGUUUACAAAUUUUAGAAGAUGUUCAAAGAGAUUGAGUAUUUUGGACAUGUCUCAAUUUACUUCAAAUUUGGAUGAAAAUUAUCGAAAGCUCAUUGAAGAGGAACGACAGAAAAACGAAAGAAUUGGAGACAUUCGGAUUUUACUCGAUGAUGUCUAUCAAGCUGAGCAUUCUGGAAGUAGUAGUAGCAUCAACAACCACAACAACAAUUUCACAAGUGGCUCUCCGCGAGGUGGUAUUAACAAUCAUUCCUCUUCAUCAAACAUUGCUGCAGACGACAAUGAUUCUUCAAGUUCUAGUUCUGAUAAUUCCUCUCCGUUGUCAUCACUUGCAAAGAAAUUCAGCUUACCAUUGAAAAUGAAGAAGAGUCCUUCAAUUCCUUCCUCGUUGGCAUCAUCAUCACCACCGCUGAUGAGCGGUUUAAAGGCAACCGAAGACCUGGCAUGUGACACCAAGAAUGCAUCACCUAUGACAUGCAAAGCAGGUCGCUCUCCAUCUGCUCAUGAUUUGGAAUUGAAACUAAGUUUAGAGGAUGUUGAUAUUUAUAUGGAACGUUUUGCUAGUAUUGAUGAUGUAUUGAAGCACCCAAAAGCUUGUACCAUACUGACACAAUUUGCUGUCGAUGAAUAUGCAGAAGAAUCAAUUUUCUUUUGGAAAGAAUGGAAGGCUUAUCGAAAAGAAGCUCGAAUGAGUAAGAAAGUUGAAAUGGCUGUGAAUAUUUUCAAUGUAUAUGUCAAUCCUGAAGGUCCUCUUGCCCUUAAUAUUAAUAAGAAAUUAAUUGAUGAAUGUCGAAAGACGUAUUUAAACGCCGAUGAUGAUUGUUUUGAUGAUAUUGGUAAAGAGGUAAAACGAAUUUUAACAGACCUGUUUGAACGAUUAAAAUUGGGUCUCCAAAAGCAGAAAAAUCAAGAGCUUAAUCUCAUUAAUAGCAAGAAUUUAAGUAGCACCGAUCUUGUCGUGUAG